CAUUCGUUGUUCUGCAAAAGAUGGCGUCAGUGCAAAACCGAGACGAUUGCGUUUGUUUGAACGCACGAGACCGGCCGCGCGGAAGGUAGACUCUUGUAAAAUCAUUCGAAGUCUGCGACUAAAUAUCGAUACAAAUCCACACAACAGAUUUUUGCCGCCCGCGUUUGCGUUUAGUUUGGAAUUGGCCUACUUUCAGGCCUGGUGUUAUUUUCGAGCGGACAUGGGGGGCAGGUAGAAAACUACAAUUCCCAGAAGCCUUUGCUGGAGGGUGUUUUUUUCUUCUCAGACACACGCGUUCUAUGGUAAUUGUAGUUUUUUUAGGCUCCACACAGCACACAGUAUAGUUUAAUUUAAUUUACACAUUUAAAAGUUUAGAAACGCGCUUAGCAUGGAGUUCAACAUUAUGAGCACCUGUUUAGAAGCGUAUUCAGUAUAAAUGUUGCUGAAAAUAAGGAUUAUUCGUGCUGUAAACCAGUAGAAAGGAGAGUUAUUGUGUGGGCUGGGUAAGUUAACUAAUCAUGGCAGCUCAGGUAGGAAGAGAAAGGAAACACCCUAAAGGUGGUCCAGCCAGUGCUAGAGAAGCUAACUCUGAGUCUGUGGAGUCCUCGCUGUCCUGGUGCCUGGCCCAGUUAACCAAACAAAGCUCCUCAGCUGAGAGACCCAGCACUGGACUGACUGGGGCAGAUAAUAAUAAACCAGUCAGUGGCAGGGAGGCUGAUAAAAGGCUCAAAGCUGGGCAGUGGAAGGCCCUGGUGGCCAUCCGGACCCACCACAUCAAAGGUGGAAGGAGCAGGAUAGCUCAGUACCAGGCUAAGGGGGGGCUGCCUCCUUUAUUGGAGAUCCUGCGCAGGCCUGAAAGCUCCAGAAAGAUUUUGGAUCUUGCCCUCAGCAUCCUGGCCAACUGCUGCACUGAAAAGGAAACUCGAACAGAGGUGAGAAAGCUGGAUGGCAUUUCUAUUGUUGUGGAAGUUCUUAAGAGGCAUUCGUCUGUGGAGUCGGUGGAGAAUCGAGCAGCCCGUGCUUUAGGAAAUCUUGCCAUGGACCCUGAGGGCUCUGCAAACGUGCACUCUGCAGGUGGUGUUCCUCCACUUAUUCUCUGCCUGACUCUUUCCAACCCUCCAUCUUGUCCUUCACCUUCCUCACCUCCCUCCUCUCCUUCUGCCCUUCCCCCGGCUCCGAUGCCUUCCUGCCCCAAACUGGAGCGCGCUCAAUCUGCCGCCCGUGCUCUGCUCUACCUGUCAGACACCCCAGCCAACCGACUGUCGCUUCUGUCUCAAGGAGCCCUGUCGGCCUUGGCUUUUUUCAUUGCUCCGGAAUACCCGGCAGGCUUGAGGCGGGCGUCACUCCGUGCGCUUCAUGAGUUAACCCGGGGCUGCGGCACUGAAUGCGCCAGAGAGAUGUCCGGGUCUGGGGCAAUGGCUCAGCUCGGGUUGCUGGCUUCAGGAGAGGGAGAGGCGUCUCUGGAGGAGCUAGCUUUAAAAACGCUGGCCAAUUUGUGUUCCCAAGGCUGCUUGCGCCCGCUGGUGGGCUCCCUGGGAGUCAUUCCCAAAUUUGCGGAAGAAGUUAAAAAGGAUCCUUUAAGGUCAGGCAUCUUUUUCAAAGCUUUAUGCCUCUGCUGCAAAGAAGCCGUGAACCGGGUUAAAGUGAAGGAGAGCGGUGGGCUGGAGGUGCUGAUUAACUUCCUCUCAGCUCAUCAGAACCAUCCGUUCACUCGACUGGCCAUUUUGGCUUGCGUGGACUUCGUCUACGAUGAGGCAGCUCUGGAGCAACUGCAGGAACUGGGCCUGGUGCCGCUUCUGGUUCAGCGGCUGGUGGAUCUGGCUAGAGGAGAGGAGCUGAGCACUGUCAAGAUAGAUGCAAGCCUCUCUUUAAGUGGUGCCAGUGAGUUGAUGACGUCUUGCUUCGAUUCGUUUGACUUCCCUCCUCCUGAAGGGAGCAGAAGAGAGGAGGUCGGGAAAGAGCAGGGGUCUGGCUCCUCCAGCUUCCUCAGCCUCAGGUCCUGGCUGGUGUCUGAAGGUUUGAUCUCUUCAGAAGGGGAGCUAAUGGAGUCCCCGUGCGGAACAGAUGGAGAUGUGGGGACUCCUAAUCCCUCCUGUUCUCCAUCAUCCUCUUGCUCAUCAUCUUCAUCAGGUUUUACACCUCUUUUUGAUGUUCUUUGCACAGCUCUGCCCCUAUCGAAGCCUCACUCGUCCCCAAGGCCCAAACCUUCCCGGCUUUCUGCCUCCAGCUCUCCUGUUCCAAUGAUGCCACAGAGCGUGCAGAAUAAGACCUCCCCCACAUCUCCUUCUACUACUAUACUGCCCACCUGCACCUCCACUCCACAAGCCAAACCUCCAGUCCCUCUCAUUUGUCCCGCCAAAGUUUCGUCCCCUCCCAGGAAGCGACUCCGCACAUAUUCAUCGUCCUCUUCCUGUUCUACUAUUUCCUCUUCUUCCUGCACCUCUUCUACAACCUCUCGGUCCAGUCUGGUAUCUUUGGAAGCCCUUCCAAUAAUGCCAAAGACUCCGAUCUAUCAGCACCCCUACCACCCUGAACCGUGGACCCCAGAAUCCCCCAUCCUUCUGCUGCUUUCUCGCUUCUCUCACGCCACAGACCCAAGCGGUGUGCUCAUAAACGCAUCAGUGAUCUCUGGCCUGCUGUACUACCUCACCCACCAUCAGGACCCCAGCAGCCGAUGUUUCCGCAUGCUGGGGAGGCUCAGCUGUAACCCCAACUGCCUGCAGGCUCUCAUUCGAACCGGGGCAGUGGCUCUUAUCAGACACAGGCUGUGCCUCGGAGAGGUGGACCGAAGGAGGGAUGGAAGGAGAAUUGAAAAACAGCCUGAUCGAGUCAAGGCCAAAAUCAGACAGCUAGGUCAGGGGCUGCUGACUAAUGUUCGAGUUCAGAGCGAGACUGGAUUUGGCUCUGGAGUUCUCAGCCACAUUUUUCUCUCAGGCUCAGAAUCUGACAAGCUGUACUGUGUGCUCUCCUUACCUUUAAUAACCAGUAACAGAGUUCUUCUGAAGAAGCUCCUCUUGGACAGCGGAGGCUUGUUGUUUGCUCUUGAACCUCUCAGCUGGCUGGAUGUUGGUGACGAUGAAGAAAGCAAUGACUCUGAUAAAUGUAGGACAUUCCUCUCUGCUUGGUUGUGUGCACCGGAACAGGUCUCCCUUCCCAAACUGCAUUCACUGUACAUCUCCCUUCUGAUUGGCUGCCUCUCGAGUGUCCUGGUGGCUUCUAAAGUGGAGUUGGAAAGAAGAAAGAGUGGAGCAGAUGCUGGAGUGGUGGUGGAGGUACCGGUCAGUCCGAUGAAGAGUCCAUCAACUGUGGAAACAAGAGACCAAGAGUCCAAUCAGUGUCCACAGGCCUCCUGCGUCUGUCCUUACAAAGCAUCAACCCACAACCUCAGCUUUCUCCUGGACGAUGGCACUCUGCUUACGGCUAACCGAGAAGCGAUUGCUGGAGAUGAGGGCGUGGAGGAGGUUGGAUCUGAAUACUUCCGUGCUUUGCUGAGGGGUGGCUUUGGUGAAGCAUGUGAGUCCAAUUCUAUUCCCAUCAGGGAUGUGAGUAAAGGGAUGCUGCUGCCUGUCCUCCAUUAUCUUCACGGCUGCCGGAUGAAGAACUCAAGUCGUGAUGGGUGUUGUCGUGUUUUGACCUGUUUGGUCUCUGCAGGGCUGAAAAGUCCAGAGGUUGGUCCUGAGACCUUUCAGAAAAGCCCCUUGGCUGAGGUUCUGAUUGGAGCCAGUAGGUUUUUGGUACCUACAUUACAGAAAGAAGCUGAGGACUUGUGUAUAUCCCUGCUUUCUCUCUCUGUGGCUUCUCCAUCUCCAACGAGAAGUCCAUCUAAAUUAAGUGCAUCAGAAGACCAAGCUAAAAAGACCAAACCUGACAUGGGUUCUGCGUGUAAAGAAUUAACACAGUCAACACAAAUGUCUAAGACCAGGGGCCGGGACACUCAGCAGGCAGCAGAGCAGGAGGCUGCAGCGGAUGAUGAUCAAAUCAUUGGCCUUGGUCGUUUGCGGUACCUUCUCCCCCAGACGUACUCGUUCUCUCAGCGCUACUGCUACUCCAGCUUGGGCAGGGCCUGCCUGUCAAUUCUGCUGCGGCCUCAGGAAGUCCAGAACUCCAGGUUGCCUCCAUCGCUGUCUGCUGACUUUUUCCUCCGACUGGUUAGAGAGGUGGACAGUAUUGAGAGCCUGUGUCAAGACCUGCUCAGUAUGGUUACUGUGGCACUAAGCUGAUGCUGCUGUUGUGUGGUGGUAGGAUAAGUGGGGGAAAAAAGCCUUUGUGUAACCUCUAACAUGCAGAAAUGUUUGACAUCCAUUAAACCUGGAAUUGCAAAGUAAUUCUGAUAAACAUGAGUUACUUUGACUGAUAAUUUAACUGAACAUGACAACUGAAUUAUAUGGCUUAUAUGUAAUUAUACGAAAAAGCUUUAUAUAAGCUUUCCAUUGGAAAAAAAAAUCACUGUUAAAUUAUAAAGGAGAAAACACACAGAUAAUUUUAAAAUAAUGACCAAAAAUGGUCAAAACAUUUCUCCACAUAUGUAUGGAUCUAACAAGCCUAAUAAGAUUAAAUUAGUGUAGAAUGGUACGUUGUGUCAUCAUAUUCGUAACAGUUGUUCAGUACCAGCAAAUGACUGAGGAUGAACAGUAUGUUGGAAGUUAAUUUCAUCCUCAAAAACUUUUUCAAAGUGCAGACCCCUGACCCAUAAAGGCUGGACAGAAGUACCUUGAAGAUCUUGGACAAAGACUGGUAAAUGUGACCAGUGAUGUGAGAAAUAAAAAAAAGUUUUGAUCUGAAUUGAACUGAAAAGGGUUCCAAUAUUUUUGGGAACAACAGGAGCAGAAGGAAAUCUAUUUUAUUUUUAUCUUAAUUUUUGGACCCGGAAUUCUUUUCCCCUCAUGUACAGUAUGGACAUCAAGUGGAUUUUUCGUUUAAUUUAUUAUUGUUUUCUCUUUUUUUAUUGACUAAUGCCAUUAGUUUAGUACCUUAGUGUCGGUUGAGCUACUGUCUGUGUGGUUAUGCAUUGUUUCCCACCGUUAUUUCUUUAAAAAUAUGGCCUGUCAUCACAUUAACAUGCAUAAAUUAACUUUACCAUUUGGGCCUAAAGGAUAUAUUGAUGCUGCAUUAAAAAGCUAAUUAAUUUACUCAGUGAUUCGUUAUACUAUAAAAACAAUUCUCUCUAUAUAAAUAUAUAGAUAUAUAUAUACUGAAGUAGUUUGUGACCUUGUACAGUGUAUUAUUAUGUUUAUUAAGGAAAUGUCAGGGAUAGAGUAAUGUUUACGUUCUAUUUUUCAUUUGUAAGUUUUGCAAAAAAGAAAAACUACAGAAAAACUGAAUGUAUGAAGUGUCAGAAGCCGACUGGAAUCAGCUGGUUUAAUGUUUUACUGUACAUUUUUGCUGUCACACAAAAGGUUUUGUACACAAGUUUAAUAUAUUGUGAAUCUGGCAGAUAUUCUUUAUAUUGUUUCAAAAUUUCAUGACAAAUGGACCAAUAGAAAUUACUUUACUAAAAAUGAAUUGCUUCCCUCCUCUAGUAAAGAUGCUUUUUUGGAGAUACAAGGUUUUUGGGUGACAGCGACAGUAUGCAAAUAAUAAUAAAAUUUAAGGCCAAAAUCACAGGAAUCUUUGUCCUCUUAAAAUCUCUGAAUAAAAAGCCUCUGCACUACAA